AUGCAAAUAAUUCUCAUGAUCGGAUCGAGAUCCGCGGACGGGUCACUUCCUCUACCCUUCUCCCUGCACUCCCGACCGUCUGAACCUGACCUGAUCCCUUCCCGUCCGGCCGCAAACUCCCGGACCAAUCCACUGCCACCUGUCCCCGCGCGUUUCUGGAACCCUUCGCUGGAUUUCCAGGAUAAAGUUAGAGACGUGGCUUCCCCCGCCUACACGACUUCCACCGCGGCCCCGCCAUUCCCCGCCCCCUCGACGUCCCACCCCCCGGGCCAUAACGAUGCCGAGCACGCGACCACCACCUCCACCCUGCACCCGCGGGUCGCAGUCAUCUUGGGGGUGGAUCGGAAGUGGUACCUGCCCCUGAUCAUCUGUCGCGCGUUGAGUACGGUGCCGGCGGCGUGGUGGGGGCUGCGGUGCGCCUUCACCUUCCUGGCCGAACUGCUGCAGAUCCGGCCGGGCAUGGGACGCGAGGGAUGGACGGCGGCGAUAGUGGGGAGCGCUGGACAGGAAUGGGAUGUGGAGAGGCGGUUUCGUGUGACGGAGGUGGCAUUGGCGAUUAUGUGGUGCUGUGCAUCCGCCUAUCUUUCUUAUUUUUUCGCCGAUUGUAUGAUGUCUCGAUGGCUUUUGAAUUAUACCCCGCCCGCCGUUGUUAUUCGUCUUCUCACCACCAAUGGAUUGAUCGCCUACAUUUCGUCUUGGGUGUUGUACCUUUCUGGCGCUUCGUCUGAUCCGCGUCUUCUUCUUCCGGCCUGGAUUUCCAUUACAACGACUCUCACGUUCGUCUAUCACGCAACGCAAAACCACGCGACGAUCAAACGCGAAACCACAGCAUCCCUGCUGGUGUUCUCGGUGGCCAGUUUUGUCAGCACGUCCUUACUGCUACUUCAACUCCACCUGACGCGCGAGAACGAGCCCGAGGUUCCGGUGUUUGUGAUUACGCGGAAGCUGUGGAGCUGGGCGGUGGCCAUCUUCUUGCGGAUGCGCGUGGCAGACGAGCGAGCCAUGGGAGAGUUGUAG